GAAAAGACAACACAACUCCUUUUGCUAGCGGGUGUGCGAGUCCUCUAGCGUGACAUACACUUGAUUAUACAUUUAACGAUAAUUUUAAAUUAAAAAAAUGUAUACUGGGCCAGAGGAUUCAUUAGAAAGUGAGGUGCAGGAAAACACAGAGGGGGAUGUGGACCCUCUUAAACCUGAAUCAGAACCCCCAAGACGAAGUGAGGAUCUUGAAGGUGAUGUUGUAGGCAUCAAAAAUGAUUCCAUGCGCCUCCUGCAAGAGUUGGAGGAGGAGAACGACCGACUGAGCCGGCGCAACAUGGAGCUCCAGGCACAGAUGGUCUUCCAUUUGAGGGGUACGACGCCCCAUGAACAAGACCCUGAGCCGGACAUGAAGGAGUACCAAGAGUGCCUGGAGCACCUGGUGGAGCUGAGGCGGCAGAGGGCUUCCCAGAUGGAGAAAGCUCAGCGGCAAGAAGAGGAGUUGAGGCUAAACAACCAAGAGAUGCUCAAUCGGGUGGAGGAUGAAUGGCAAUCCCUGUUGACUUGGAAGAAGAAGGUGGCCGUCUCGCUGCUAAGAGGCCAUUUGUCUCCAGAAGCGGCCCGGGCCAAGGUGGACGCCGCGCUGGGGUCUGAGCAGCGACAUCGCCAAGAGCUGAGGAAGCUGCGUCUGGUACACGCUGGGAUGGAGAGCAGGGUGGUCCGUUUGGAGGCGGAGCUGGGCGAGGAGGAGCAGGAGGAGGGGCGGGACCUCCUGCUACGGCAGUUGAAGCAGCUGAUGGCCCAAAAGACGCUGGAGAGGAAAGCGAACGAGCGGAGGAGUCAAGAGGCCUCCAAGAUCCGGAAGAAUAUAAAGCGCACAUUGGAGUUGCUGUCAAACAUGAAGGAGAAGCUAUACUGGAGUCACAUGGAGGCGCAGGCCAAGCGGGAGCAGCUCGCCCGGCUGGAGGCCACGCUGACCUCCAGGAGGGACCUGCUGACCCGGACCAAGCGGGCUGGCGGCAGCCUGCGGAGGGACAACGCGGAGCUGAAGCAGACGCGGGGACUACUGGGGAACACGCUCCUCUUGUGGGACUUUGGGGUCACCGUGGGGGCUGCCCAACGACUGCAGGACAAACUGGAGAAGCUCAAAGGUCGACGUGAAGAAAUUGCGUCAUUGUAGUCGAUUCCGUUUUAAGCAGUGGUUCAUUUACGGUGGUGCUUUGAGAUGCAAGUUAGAUUCAUUCCGUGACUACCCGUGCAAUUUAUGUUUCAAUGAUAUGCUUAACAGUUAGCAUCUGAGUGAUGCAAUGGUUGUUAAGCGCUGAGAGAAGGAGAUAGCAAAGCUGAUUUAAAAAAAAUAUACACUUUGUGUCUUUUGUUUUAUGUUUAUUUUGACACAAAAUUUAAACUGGACAUUAGACAGCUUGAAGCCUUUUUUUCCAUGAAGAAUGACAUGAUAAAAACAGAAACAUUGCAAUUUAAGUACAUCAUACCCACCAGAGAUGCAGAUUAUUAAAUUGAUUAAUAUGUGCAGUUUACUAUAGAUGUGUUUUGUUCACUAAACUUAGUUGCAGGUUUUGCUCAUACCGAAAGUAGAAUUUUUUUCAUUCAAGUCACCAUUUAUAUAAUUUCAUUCAUAUUAGAAAUAUUGCGAAACAAUUAUCUAUACAUUUUUUUUGAUUAGUAGCCGCACUUACAAACCAGAUACGCCCCCCGCCC